UCUUUUGGUAUACCGUCCGCGCGCGCGCUUAUCUCUUCUGGUAUAAUAUGAAAUCGGGGCGAGCAGCAUGAAGGUAACCGUGUGCUUCGACAAUGUCAGGGUGGUGGUCCCGUGCGGCGACGGAACCUUGCUGGUCAAGGAUCUGAUGCACGAGGCCAUUCUACGAUACAGGAAGGCCACCGGCAAGAAUGACAACUCCCUGACGAUCAACAGCCUGUCCUCCCUGACGGGGGGCGGCUUGCUCGAUCCGGACGACAGACUGUGCGACGUGGCCGACGACAGGGAACAGAUUGUCGCUCACUUCGCCAGCUCCGACCCCGCCAGUCACGUUGGCGGGGAUGGCGCGAGCUCGGUUGGCACCAACAGUCCCGACUUCUUUCAUCGAGACGGCAAGGAGGACAACCGGCAGGUUUAUCCAAUCGAUAUCCAUUCCUCAGUGUCUAGCAGUAUUAAGAGAGAAAGCGCGAAGCGUCUGUCGAUGCACGCGCUUUCCACGAGGGAGCCAUCCCUCACCACGUAUUCCGCUCAAUCCCUACCCAGGGAGUCCAGGCGUAGGGAACCUUUAGGUCAAGAUUCUAAGGCUUCGUACGAAUUCGGUAGUAACAUUGUAGAGUCUGACAAUCGGGAGGUGCGAGAGAUAGUGAUAAAGAACGAGGCAGGGCCACUGGGGCUCCACGUGGUGCCAUGCUACGACCUGCUCGGCAACGAUCAGGGGCUCAGGGUCGAGGGUAUCGAGCCGAACGGUCGCAUCGCCAGGGACGGGCAGAUCGACCUGCACGACAAUAUUAUAAAGAUCAACGGUCAUAACCUGUUGCACAUACCGUUUCCUAAGGUACAAGAAAUCUUUCGAGCAUGCAUGAACGAUCCCUGUUUACAGAUCUCCGUUGUCAAGCAUAAAAAGCGGGCGAGGAGCGAGAAGUCUCUGCAUAAGAGCCACGGAAACACCAGCGGGAGCUCAGAGAAGACCGAGGGCGACGAGAGUGUCAAGAGACUUCAGUGCAGCAACUAUAAUCUUCUGCAGACCGCCAACACCAGGAAGAUCGGACGGAUGAUAGAGAUAGAACUGGUGAAGGGAAGCAACGGCUUGGGCUUCAGCGUUACCACGCGCGACAAUCCCGCCGGAGGACACUGUCCCAUAUACAUUAAGAAUAUCCUGCCGAAAGGUGCCGCGGUAGAGGACGGCAGGUUGAGACCAGGCGACAGGUUGCUGGAGGUGAACAAUAAGGAGAUGACUGGCAAAAGCCAGUCGGAAGUCGUGGCGUUGCUUCGAAGUAUUCCCGCCGGUGGCAAGGUGAGGAUGGUCGUGUCGCGCCAGGAAGAGAUCUCCUCGAACAUUCCGGAACAUUCUCAGGGUAGUCUAGCGACGUCCGCGCCCCCGGUCGCCGAAGUAGCAACGGACAAUUCCAAGUACUGGAACACACUAAAUAGAUCGCCGACGAAGAAGAAUGACAAUGUGCACGAGAAGGCUGUGAGCGCUCAUAGUGCUGCUUACGAGAAGUGCACGUACAAGUCGGGUAAAGCGGCCUCGGAUGACGUCGUCUUGUCUCCGCGGAAGAAUCGCGUGAUAAUGAAUCUGGAUAUACCGGUGCACGAUUCCGAGAAAGCCGGUCUAGGCGUCAGCGUUAAGGGCAAGACAAACAGUUCCGACGACAACACCAACAUGGACCUGGGUAUCUUCAUAAAGAGUGUUAUCCACGGGGGCGCGGCGUCCAGGGACGGCCGCUUGCGGACCAACGAUCAGUUGCUCAGAGUUAACGGAAUCUCCCUGCUGGGGUUGUCCAACGCCGACGCGAUGGAGACCCUAAGGAGGGCGAUGCUCAACACGGAUAGCUCAGUAACCGGUGUGAUUAAUCUUAUAAUAGCUAGGAGGGUGUCGUCGUACGACGCUGCGAGUGAGAAGAGUACCGUAGAUAAUUUACAGUCUCAUCGUAAACCGGAAUCCGUCAGCAGUAUAUACAUAUCGGAUUCCGCGAAGAUGAAUGAUAAUGGCAUAGUCAAGGAAAAAAACACUUUGAAUUCGCAGACCGACGUAUUGGACAACGGGGGACUGUUGUCAUGCGUAACAGCCUCGCCGUGGAAUCCUGUUAUUGAUAGGCUAACGGAGCAAUAUAGCAAGAGUAGCUUGAGAAACGAAAGUUACUGUCUAGCCACGAAUAAGACAUGGAUAGAGCCUAUCAAUAACGUGAAAAAAAUUAUAGGAUCGCGUGAUGAUCGAGUUGAAUCGGUAUUGCUGGAGGAAUCUAACGAUAGCUCUCAAGGAAACGACACUAAACGAAAUGCCGAGGAUAAGGACAGCCAAUAUUCCGGAGAUCCCACCUACGAUAGUCAGUUAUCCUUGGAGGAGCUGAAUUCUUCGUCGAAUAAGUUUUCUCGCGAUGCUCUCGGCAGACAGAGCAUGUCCGAGAAACGACACGCCGCGCUGGACGCGAAAAACACGGACACUUACAAGAGAAACAAAAAGUUGCGCGAAGGUAGAGAAAAUAAGAACGCGGAACAAGUCAAUCAGAAGUCGACGAUCAGCCAAACGAGCAAUCACUCGAGCAACUUAGGAGAUUAUUCGAAGAGGAGCGGCAAGUCGAACAACUUUGAAAAACACGCGAGUAAAGGGGUCUUAGCUGGCAAUACAAGUGCCGACAAUAAUGUAAAACAUUACGAGAAGUCUGUUGAUGUUGCUCAAUCAGAAUAUAUGUAUACUAUACCCGGCUGCAAUAAUAAGUUUCUUUCGCAGCCGAAGAAGCACUGGCUCGUAGACGAUGUUCGCAGUGAGGUUACGAGUAGCAAUAAUAUCAAAGACGAGCGAGAGGGUUUUUCGAACAGUCGCGGGGACGUAAAGCAGGCUUCUCUCAAUUCGGCAUUGGAUGACCGAUAUAAGCGGAAGAAGAACGGCCUUCGGUCGAUACUUCGAUUGAAUAGGAAUAGGAAAUCGCUUAAUUUUGGAGAUAGUAUAGAAGCAAGGCACGAAACUAGUAAUUACUGCAGUGGAAGAAUCAGUUAUAUCGCAUAAAUAAAAACAAAGACAAUAUAAGCAAAAUAAGUGCAGAUAUUUUGCAUAAGUAAAUAUAUAUAUAUAUAUACACAUUCACAUUAACGCGCAUCUGCAAAUAUAUACACAUUUUUUUGCAUAUAUAUAAAUAUAUAUAUUUUAUCUAUAUAUAUAUACAAUCUGUUCCAAAGUGCCUUAUAUCAUUAAAAGAAAGUAAUUAAUUUUGUACAUAUAUGAUUUUGUACUUGUCUUUAACUGACGGAUCAUGUACUUAAUACAAUAUAAAUGUUAUACAUGUAGUUUAUUCGAAAUUAGAUAAUUAAUAAUUCCAAAGGAGGAAUUAUAUUCUGCUGCUAAAAUCAAAUUCAAAUUUCCAAAAUAUAUUUUCUAAAUUUAACAUGUACCUAUAGAA